AUGCAUCCUUACAGACGAGAGGUGGAAAUCGCGCAGAACGGGGCCGACCGCGAGCGCGCCGCCCGCGCCGUCGCCGAGGCUGCCUUGUCUAAAGCCCGCGAGUCGCUGAAAGAAACUCACGACAUGCUGAUGGAGAGCCUUGAUAACGGCCCCAAGGCCGCCCUCGCCGCCCUACUGGAGGAGAAGAGAGCUGUCGAGGCCAAGGCGGCGGAGGCAGUGGCGUCUGCGGAAGCAGCAACGGCGGAAGCUGGAAGGAUGCGCGCACUGAGGCAGGGAAGAGGGCAAAACUCGUCGCUGCCGGAGAGAAAGCGAGACCAGGCGCAGAAGGGUCUCGUGGGAAAGCGAAGCGGCGGGCAAGAACAAACGCGGGAGUUCAGCGCGGCGUUGGUCAAGGCGAGAGGCGAUGCGCUGACCUCUAGGGCAAGUGCUUUCGCCCUUCAGCAGCGGCUGGACCAGGCGGAUGUUUCCGGGCUUCAGGCCAGUCUCGCAUCCGUAGCCAUCGAAAAAGCGACGGCCCAGACUCGCGUAGCUGAGCUCCAGGCCAAGCUCGCGCGCGUGACCAGCGAACAUCGCCGGCGUGCCGAGGCAUCUCGCCAGGCUGAUGCCAUCGCCGCUGACCGCUUGUCCUCCGCGGAGUUUCGAGCGUCGGCAGCGGAGGCGAGGUUGGAAUCAGUGCUGCGGCACUUGACGCGGAGCGAACGCCGGCUGCGAGAGGCCGAGCGGGCAGCGGUUGCGGGAGCCAAGCCUGUAAAGGAGGCCGAAAGCAAUUUGGAGGUGGAGGGAGUGAAGUUGAGAGACGCCAGGCAACACGAGAGCGCAACGGGAGGUUACAGGCGCAGAGAUCCGCAUGUUAAUGUAGUUUCGGCGGGACCGCGUAGUAGAACGGGGCGUCGCCGCCUGAGCAGGUGCUCAGAAGAGCGCUUCUACAGCCAAGCUUUUGACGGUACAGGAGUGACCGCGCCUGAUGGGGUACGGCACUCCGCGGGUUGGGUGCGACGUGUCGGGGAAGUGCCCUCGAGCACCGACGCUCGUCUGCGAACGGCAAGACGCCGUGCCAGCAUUGUCGGUGAAAAACAAAGGCAACGGAACGACAAAGAAAUAGGGGCCUUGCAGGAAAAGAUAAGCACUUCCAACAACGCCCCAUCGGAAGUGCUCGGAGUAGCGAGUUCAGACGAUGAAAACGCCACCACGAGCAGCCUUCGCGAGGUCAAGGCUGCUAGACUGCGAGUAGCGGAUGCCGAGCGAGAAGCCGCCGCGUUCAGAGCCGACGCAGACAGAGCAAAAGUCGAGGCCGCACGAGCGGCGGCUGAGGCUGAGAUUGGUAAGGAACGAGCGGAGAUGGAGUGCGAGCGGUUGGGGCGCGAGUUGAGAGCCACGGAAGAACAGCUCAAUAAACACCUACCUUUCUUCCAAAACACGCGCCGUUUAACGUCCCAGCUACGUGCAUUGCAAUGUGCCCUAAGUUCGGCUCAGAACGGGCAAAUGGAUGAUUUCCCGGCGAAUGGAAGGUCUGGCAUCAACGCGCGGGUGUCGGCAACCGGAGGCAGCAAUGAGGCGGACAUGAAGGCACGCGUCGUCAACAAACGAGACACGAAGCCAUUUUCGCCGCAUCACCAAGAGCAGCAGCAGGAAGCAGUUGGACAAUGCCUUUCGGGCUAUGCAACAGAGAAAGGCGCCACCACUCACCAAUAUGUUCAGGUCACGAGAGGUCCCAGCAGUGGCAAUCAAGCUGACACCACCAUUGCAGUCAAGAACAAAAAUAGCACUCAACCAGACGGGCAAGGCGUGUUCAACGAUGACCCGGCUGGGUUUUGUCCGGAGGAGGACGGCAAGUGCGUAUUAGCCAGGACCGACGAGCAAGGACGGACAUGGAUCGCCGAUGCGGAAGAGCUCUUGCAACAGCCACAGCUUCACCAUGCGGCAAACGUGCGGCUCGCGGAAGUUCUACCUCCGAGAACGCGAGCGAAGGUCCGUGCACCUAACCGAGAUCCUGGAGAAGUGGUGGCGGCCGCGGCAACGGCAACCGGGUGCCGGCGAGCGGCCGAGGAUAGAGUGAGAGAGCUCGAGGAGGUUCUCUCGGUGUCAGAAAAGCAGCAUUCCUUGUUCCGGGCCAGGGCGGAGUCUAGGCUUGAGGUCUUGAAGCUUGCCUUUGCCCAAGAGCAAGAAGAAGGAGGAGCGCAAAUCGCCUUAGCAACCCUACUGGAGGAGAAGCUGCGAGCAGAGAGUCGUGCGAAUGAACUGGAGCGCCACCUCAACGACAUGAUUGCCCAAGCUGCUCAGUCCGAAUUCGACCAUCUCACCAUGGGCAUCGAGGAACCACCUCGCAUUGCCAACCCUGGCAGAAGUCAUCUCCAGGACGAAAAAAUGUCGGAAACCGCGGCAGAGCUGGGCUCAGACGCAGUCGAUACCACUAGUGAAUCUUGCCUCUCUGCUCCCCUUGUCCGGCUCAAAGCGGAUCACCGACCAGUACACUCGGCUGCAAAGGGCAGAGCUACCGCGAGCAUCGUGCCGGGCCUCGCCGCCUCCUCAGCGGCGACUGGCGCGGAAGAUAUCAUCAGAAUGGAGCUCGGCAUUACAACAUCACCAUCACCAGUACUCCGCCUCACCGAAGCAGGAGAACGGAUGACCUCGUUCGAGCACGCGCUUCAAGAAGCCAGAGAACUAUCCCCGGUUGCCAUGGAGGAGUCCGAGCUUCUGGGGAGACAGCUGGACGGCGCGCGGGCAGCGGAGAGGGUCGAGGCGGAAGGUGGACGCCUGGCCCAGACCAAGAUAGCUGAUCUGGAAAGGCAGCUCGAAGGCGCGGCAAAGGAGCAGAAGCGCAUGCGCCUGCGGUCUGAGUCGAGGCUCCAGUCGUUGAGGGCGGCCUUCGAACAAGAGGAGGCGGAGGCUGGCGGGAAGGCCGCGUUGGAAUGCUUGCUGGGUGAAAAAGCCGAGCUAUUGGCACGAACGGCUCAUCUCGAGAACCGGCUACACGAAGCCGAAGCGUCAGCGGCAAAGGCAGCCGCCGCGGCUUCCGCUGUGUCAGAGGAGGGAAGGACUUACGUCACCUGGCCGGCCGGAGGUGUACAUGUCGAUGACGGUGGCAGGACAAACCGCUGCCGCUCUGCAGAAGUGGCAGCAACCCCAGCAGCGGGAGGAGAAGCGGGGCUACAGCAGCAGCCGAAUGCGCUGCUGCUACGAACCGCGGGCAUUACUGCGAGACAAUCGAGGGACGAGGUCGAUCGCCUCCGCCACGAGCUCAAGUCCGCUCGAGCCGAGCACGCGGAGGUGGUAGCAUCGGCGGCGGAGGAAAGGGCCCGAUCGGCGAGGAAAAUGUCCACACUGCAGGACGCCGUCGAGGAGACAAAGCUGAAGUUCCAGAGCCACAAGGAUAUGGCCGAGGCUAGGUUGGAAAUCCUCAGGGUGGCGUUUGAUCAAGAGGAGAGGGAGAACAAUGCACAGGCAGUAAUAGCAGUCCUCCUGGAAGAGAAGGUACAGGCGGAGCAGCGGGUCGCCGACGCGUGUCGCGCCGCAAGCGAAAGUCGCUCGGAGACGGCACGGUUCCGAAAACAAGCGGACGAGAUUCUCCACGCCAGGGAACAAGAGACUAGCACCCUUGAUGGCAAUCAUUCGGUCGCCUGGAUGAUUGAUGGAACCAAUUCCAAGGUUUUCCCCGCUGUCGAGACCAGGUCGUGGAAGAUGCAUGCCGCGCUAGAGAGCUGCGAGAAUCAAUCGAGUGGCGAGCAGAACAAAGCCGGCCAAAAUGAAAACUCCUGUGGGAGCCGGGUUGGGACCGGGGACUCCAUGCAAGAGGCAGUCCAGGAGUUCAACAAGGCCGACGGAGAGGUUGAGGCUGCCGAGAACAACCGAGUCCGAGGCCAAUCGGAGCCUGCUAUGACCAGGGCCAGCGAGCACGCCACCGCCGUCGAAGCAGAGUCUCAGAUAACUUCCCACCAGUUGACGAGGAUUGCCGCAGCAGAACGGCCGGCGUCGAGCGAGGCGGCCCUUGGACCUACCGAGAAGGCACUGCGAGCCGCUAGGACAGACGUAGAGAGUCUUCGAUGGGAGGUAGAGCGAGCGCGGGUAAUGGACACAACAACCCGGGCGGAGGCUGAGGGGAAAAACAAUGAGUCGAUGCGCAAGACUGCCCGGCUCGAGGGGAGCCUUCGGAAAGCCGUUGCGGAACACGACCGUUCCCGGGAACGGGCGCAGGUGGAGGUUGGGCAGCUGCGGGCGACGCUCGAGCGCAGAGAACGCGAAGAACGCGCGGAGAGGGCAGCGAACGGAAUCUCUUCCGCGGUGGAGAGAGCAGAGGCAACUGUAGAGGCGGCGGGCGAACGAGGUCGAAGCUUGGAAAACUCGAGAGACAAGCUUCGCGUCGCCGAGGAGGCUGUCGCUGAAGCCACGGAAGAGGUUGCGUUUCUCAGGGAGGAGUUGGCCCGUUCGGCUGAAACGGCGGCAAGGUCGAAAGAAGGGCAGGAGACAGCGGAAACGAGGGUUGCCGAGCUGGAAGGGACGUUGGAGGGGGUGGCAGAGGAGCGCGUUCUCUUCCUCAAGGGGGUAGAAGAAAGACUCGAGACGCUUAGGGCGGCGUUUGAGGAAGAAAGCCAGGAGAACGGGGCACAGGCCAGGGCUCGGGACGUCACCAAUGCGUCCAAAGAUCACCGUCAAAACACCUCUCCAAACGACCCGAAGCGUCUCUACCACAACUUCCUCUUUUGCCCGUUUUUUCCUUUGCGGCCAAUCCCCGCCAUCCUUCUCGCGUCUUACAAGACCGCGCUAACGGCCCUGCUUAUGGAGAAGGAAGAAAUCGAGCAGCGUUCCGCAGAAGACCUCAACACGGCAGAAACUAUCCGCUCCGGACUGGAACACAAGCUUGAAGCCGCGACCGAUGCACUGGAAGCGGCAGAGGCUAGGCUGAUUUCACUUGAGGCCGAGGUCGAUGCCGCGAAGAAGGCCCAAGUUUCCGAACAACAGCCAAAGGCGGGCAAGGCGGCUACUGCCGCGGGUAGCCAUGCUGGUGGCGAUAGCGGCUGCGGCUAUGGCGAACCCAGCAGCUCUGCCGCGGAGGAAGAGGAUGGGCAAGGUAAGGCAGCAGACUGCUCGGUUGCCGAUACGCCAGGGUCAGGCCUUGUACCGCAAGACGGCGUCCGGGGUCAAGAGCGAAGGCCGCAAAAGUCGGAAACACUUGCAGCACCAGCGGAGAUCGGGGAGGGGUGUGCGGAGCUCGGCCGCCCGCAGGAAGCCGGGACUACGGCUAUCGCCGCUGCGACGCAAGAGAUAGAAUCGUCAGACGACAGGGUAUCUGUGCUAGAAAGAGAAGCCUCCAAGGAGGGGGAACGAAGUCAAGCGCUGCCGGAGAGUCGGCUAGAUGAGGCCCAGUGCCAGGCUGCCGAACGAUUUGCGGCCCAAGAAGCAACGCUCCACGGAGCAAAACAAUCGUUGGACCAGGCCAGAGAGGAGGUCGACACUCUGCGCCGCCAGCUUGCCCAAGCACUCGCCCGAGAGAGGGUGACUGCCGAGGCCGUCGAGGACGAAAGACGGGUGGCUAGACAGAAGAUAGCUGAGCUGGAGGACGCCAUCGCUGAGUCGAAACGAGAAGGUGAUCUGCUCCGGGAGCGUACGGAGGGCCGGUUGGAGAAGCUGAGGCUAGCCGCGGAAGAGGAGGAGGAGGAAAACGAUUCUCAGGCGGCAUUUGCAGAGCUGCUGCAUCAGAAGUCCAUCUCCGACGGCUUCGCCGCCGAGCUGACCCGGGCCGCCGUCGACGCACGCGCGGACUUCGAGCAGAAGCUGAACAGCGCAAACGAAGCGCUGCGGCUGGCGGAAGCCAGGGAAGCCGGCCUGAAGGUCGACCUCGAGGAGGCCGAGGCUAGAGCUGCCGCUUCCGCGGUGGCGGGACAACUGCCGGGAGCGCCAGAAGCAGGAAAUGUCGCUCUCGUACGCCAUGGCACGGAAGGACGGCCCCUUGCGACCGAAACGGUCUCGGUGGCGGCAGGAGCAGAGGAGACAGAAGCGUCGUUACCGCGGAGCUCCGAAGACAAGCUUUCCUUCCAAGAAACAGGGCGUGCCACGCCCCACUCGGAGGAAGCCAUCACCAGUGCAACCACCGAGUACUCUUCCCACCGACAAGAGAGGGAGGCGACAGCGCAAGACGACGACUUGAACAGGCGCUUGGAAAGGGGAGUUGGGCGGGCCCGGGCGAGCGAGGUGACGGCGAGAGACGAGACAGCCGCAUCGAGGAGGAGGGUGUCGGAGCUGGAAGCGGCGAUGGAGGCGUCCCAGCGGGCGCACGACUCGUUCCGGGAGCGCACGGAGCUGAGGCUGCAGAGCCUGAGGCUGGCGGUUGAAGACGAAGAGCUAGAGGGGGGAGGACAGGCCGCUCUCGAGUGCUUGCUACACGAGAAGACCGAGGACCAGGCAAAGAUAAUCAGCCUAGAGGCUCGGUUACUCGAAGCUCGCGACGCAGUAGACACCACGGAGGCUGAACUCCAAGCGGUAACAUCGGAGCUGAAGCGAGUGGAGUGCUUGAACCCCGAGCUGUUAGAAACGGCUUCCCCAACACCGCCAGCGGUGGCCUUGUGGGACCGACAACGGCUGAAGGUUAGGUUGGAAGGGCUUCGGGUUGGCGUAGGAGAGGAAGACGAAGAGAACGGGGUACAGGCAGCAGAACCAAAGGCAGGAGCCACAACCGCAGAAUCGGCAGCGACAACGGCAGCGGCAACGGCGGUAAGAAGAGCCGCAAACGCGGAGGCCGCCCUGGCCACGGCCCUUGAAGAGGCGGAAGAGUUAGAGGCAAGGUGCGCCUUGGCGCAAGCAAGGGAGUCGGAGGCCAAACGCGAGGCCAACGAGCGGGUUAACGAGCUGGCCAGAGAGCUCGAAGAAGCCAACGACCACGGCCCUCAGGUGACCGUGGUAGGGUACGGGUGGCGGGAUAUUCGGGGUCAAGAAUGCUACGAAAGCCUGGCACCAGCGGGGUCACGCACGUCUCGGCCUGAAAACUACAAGAUACCCAUUGUUGGCGAAUUGGUGCCUCCGCAGCUCCCGAGGGUGACGUUCACGGCCAGGAUGACGGUGAUUUCGAUCGAGUAUUGCUCUCCGGUGACAGCGAACACGGUGAAAACGAGGAGGAGGGUGCUUACACAGGUGGCGGAGGAGGGUCUGUUCUCGGACUUCUCGCCCAAAGAGAUGCGCUUCUAA